GAAGCUGGCUAAGUUGUGCACUUUAGGAACAGAGAGAAAACAACAGGACUUGGGGACAAUAAAAGAAGAUGUCCAAAAGUCCCUGAUUUUGCAGAACUCUAAAGUCAGGCUUGAAGAGGUGGCAUCCUUUGGUUAGGAGCCAUUACCCUGAUGGGCACAGGUCCUCAAUGCAGAGUUAAAAAAUCCUAAUGUUGACUACCUUGAAUGUAAGCUUUGAAUUGGAUUCUACUGGAUCUACUGGUCACUGAAGUUGUGGAUGAUGCUGUACAUAUCAUUGGAGACAAGCUUCUCAUACGUGGCCUCACUCCAUGUGUUCAUUCACUGAUGUCCAGCUUUACCAUCUUACCCAGUGAAGUCCCCAAGGCUUGCAGCAGGGUUCAAAGACAGAAGGAGCUGACUUCUGAACGCACCAGGCAGAAUGAAAGACCGGCUAAACGAGCUGCAUGAAUUAGCCAGGUUACACAACCAACAGUUUACUGAAAGUGAGGAUGAUGAAAAUUCACCCCACGAUGUUCUGCUUUAUGAGACUGAUUAUGCCUUGGAAAUUCUCCAUAACGACAUAGAGAACAUCCGGACAGAAAAUGACUAUCUAAAAGAGGAUGUGAAGAGGCUCAGAAAGCAAAACAACCGCUUUCUUACUUCCAUGCGCCGUUUUAGUAGCAUCAAACGAGAUACUAAUUGUAUUGCCAGAGACAUUAAGGCCCGUGGAGAAAGCAUCCACAGGAAACUUCACAUAAUGAGAGAUUUCUGUGAAGAUGCAGUAACAAAAUAUGGGGCUAUGUCUGUUAUUGCCAGGGUAGCAAAGAACCACUAUGUUGACCUCAUGCACUCAUUUCAGGGAGCCAUGUUUGAAUACAAUGCAGCAGAGAUGAACCAACGAGAAAACUGCAAGAUUCGAAUUCAGCGGCAGCUAGAGAUAAUGGGCAAAGAUGUUUCUGGCACCCAGAUUGAGGAGAUGAUUGAGCAAGGCAAGUGGGAUGUCUUCUCUGAGAAUCUCUUGUCAGAAGUUAAGGGGGCUCGCUCAGCAUUGAAUGAGAUAGAGACACGUCAUAAGGAGCUUGUGAAGUUAGAAGGUCGCAUCAAGGAAGUUCAUGAGCUCUUUCUGCAGGUGGCCCUACUAGUGGAGGAACAGGCAGACACGUUUGAUGUCAUUGAGAUAAACAUGCAAAAUGUUGAGGACUAUGUAGGAGAAGCUAAAGAGCAAGUGAAAAAAGCUUUGGAAUACAGAAGAAAACACCCCCUCAGAACAAUUCUCUGCUGCUGCUUAUCCUGUUGCAGAAGAUGACUGUCCCACUGAAGCUAUCACAAAAUCAGGCAUUCAUUCCAGUGACUUUUUUCUAAUGGCAACCCCUAGAAAUGGGGGACUAUUUUGCAGUUGAAUUUGUUCAUUUUUUCCCUAAAUGCACUGAAGGCUGUUCUAUCUGAGGCCUCCUAGAAAUGUUGAUAGAAGUAUUUUUAAUCUGUUUUUAAUUGAAAUGUACUCUGUUGCUGUAACUAGAGGUGCAAGAAGAUCUCUGCAGUGAUACCUGUUUCAGAUAGGCAGCAAAGAGGAAUGAAUGACAGGCUGAUAACUCAGCCUAGAGAAGAUCAAGAAGUAACUUUAUUAUUAUUUGUCUAAGUGACUCUGCAGGUGGUGCAGCCUUACCGCCUGGGGAGACACAAUACACCACAGAAUCAGGUUUCAAUUUUAACUAGUCUGGAGCCUGCUCAAUGCAAAUACUUGAACAGAUUUUCACUCUGUUCAUUUGAGAAAAUACCAAGCCCAGUAGCAGAAGCAGGACACAGAACUAGAUUCUAUUUCAACUUGAUUUCCACCUGAAUCUUAACAAAUGUAACUGCACCUUAAAUGACAGUAUGCACGUUUUGCUCUGUUUGUGUACAAGUGAUCGCUUUUCUCGAUUUUGAGUAUCCAUAACUUCAUCCAGCAUUGCAACACUGAGGCAUCUCACUGACUUUUAACUUGAGCCACUGUCUGUACUCUCAAUUUCAAAACUGCCAUGCUUUUAUGCUUCUAAUACAUUCUUCUGCCAAUGAACACUUCAGCCAGAAGAGAGGCAUGCAGUGGCCUUCUGCAGCAGCACACACAAGAAGACAACUGUGGGGGAAUCGAGAAAGCAUUUUAGGGUUUCAUGUGCUGGCACAUACACACGAACUAUUUUAGUGGAAGGAUUAUCCUGUCAAUAGACUUAUAUUUUUUUUAAUAAGAAUUAACAUGGAUUUUUUUUUACAUCUAUUUUUAAUAAUAUGAAGGAUUAUAUUUAUUAACAUGCAAUUUUACCGUACAAAACCAAUGAUUUUUCUCCCACUAUUAGGAAAUCUCCACCUGGGAAGAAAGUAGACAUAUUUCUUCCAAACACCCAAAGAAGACAGAAAACAACAUUUUAAUGUCAUUUCAGUGCUCUUUUAAAACUUGAAAGUAAUUUUUCGUUUUGUGUAAAGGGAGUCUGGCCAAACUAGAUUUAGAAUAUGAGGAGGUAAUAGAAAAAUUGCCGCCCUGGAAACCACUGAAAGUCAUCAGUGAAACAUGUAUUCAUGAGGUCUGGUGAGUGAUUAUAGCUCCUGCUUUCUGGAGGUUUUCCACGUAUUAUAUUUCUAGGUGGCUUCCUGAUACACUGUGAUCUAUUGCUGUCCUUUGAACUAAUGCAGGACAUUCUUUUUCAGAAGUUACUGUUUUUUUUUUUUAAACUGCUGAUCCUAUUUGUACCUAUUUUAAUAAAUAUACUUAAACAUUUCAAAUAUUUUGUAUUUGGGAGUUUUCCUCAGGAGAUGUGCAUAGCCACCUCCCUGCACCAAUCAAACUUUUUUCUUCUGAUCUUUUGAACACUAAUUUUAUAUGUGAAAAAACACCCACACAUUUUGUACUGUUUAUAUUGGUACAACAAAAUAAAUUCAGCUUCCAUGCUUUCAUAUCCUAGUGGGAAAUGCUUCUUAGCCAGAUGGGCUUUUUUACAGAAAUAAAGAGCUCUUCUCAGGCACUGAAAGUCUCUUUUGCUGAAGCACCUGUUUUUGAUAACAUGGAAGAGUAAGGAAUGCCAGUCUUCUAAACUAGAAGAUAUUUUGAUAAUCAGUGAUGUCCUGCUUAUAUCAGUAUUAUGCUUGCCUGAGGACCUCUCCAACAACCCCAUGUUCAAACUUGAAGUGGGAGAAAGGAGGGUGUUAAGCUGGCACCAUUGCCAAUAGCUUUGGUGCUACUCAAGAAGACAAAGUAAUUUAUGCCGUAGGUAUUGCCAUUCAAUGGAAGUCAAUGGUACUGUGCAUCUGUAGAGAAAUACCCUAAACCUCUGAGGGUCAGCAUAUGGGCAUGAAUCAAUAAGGAAUGAAAUAUGUAUUUCAUUUUGUCUACACAUUCUUAGCACUCAGAAAUGCUUUUGAUAGAAACAUGUACAUAUGUUUUUUGUUGGUUUCUUUUUUACACAUCUGUAUGUCUACACACGUAAUAAAAGAUUUCAUAAGAAAAUC